AGACGAUUAUGCUGCAUUAAACGUUGAAGAAUCUUACUUGAGACAUUUAUUUUUGACUAGUUGUCACACAGUACUUCUUCAAUAUGUCUUCUAAAAGAGGAAUUUUUAUUGUUGGUUUAAAUGGCAGUGGAAAAACUUCAACCUGGAAGUCAAUUUUGUCUAAAUUAAAUCCUGACUCAAAAGUCAUCAAUAUUCAAGGUAGCCUCAAUAUAAAUAUUGGUACAAGCGUGGUCCAAGGUAGGGAGGUAACUGUCAUUGAUGGGAACUUAGUUGGGGACACUGAAACUGACCUACAAUGUAGCAAAGCGUCCUUAGCAACUGCCGUAAGAAAGGCUAUCCCACCAACGGGUUUCCACGCUCUUGUGUUGGUUUUGAAGUACGGCACUACGUACCCUAAACUUGAGGAGGACGCUAUCUAUAAAAUCAAAUCAUUGUUCGGCUAUGAUGUUUUUAAAAAGAGGGGCGUGUUAGUUUUUACACAUGGGGAUAUAUUUGAAAUCGAUCACGAGGAUAAAAGCGUAUCUUUUAAUGACUGGUGUAAGGAACAAAAAGGAGAUAUCGCGGAACUAUUUAAAGAGUGUGGCCACAGGUAUGUGUUGUUCAAUAACAAAUCACAAGAUAAACAGAGCAUGGUGAGGAUGCUGAUGGAUAUGGUGGACAUGUUUCAAAGACUCCCCUACACAAGAAAGCAGUUUGACAAAUUCGGUGGCAAAAAUAUUCCACCUACAUUAUUAGCCAACAUAUUAAACGAAUUACGGUCUAUAACACCUCAUACUCAAAAAUGCAUGAUCAUAAUAUGGGUUAUAUUGUACUUUAUCUUCGAUGGAUGGUAUAAUAAUUUUUCUGUUUUGUAUACUCUUGUUGUAAAAGGAGCAAACACACCUCUUCUUGAAAUUAUUUUUGGUACUGCUGGUUGUUUGCUUUAUAAGAGGGUACGCUAUCCACAAGCCACGGCAGAUAUAAUCUACAUUUCUACACCCCUCUUUACAAUAUGCAUUUUGUGGAUAGUUUUGUACACUAUGUUUUGUUUCUGUUUCUAAUUAAUGUAUAAUUAUUGUGUGGAUAGUUUUGUACACUGUUUUGUUUCUGUAUUUAAUUAAUUGAUACUGUUUUAGCCCGGAAAGAUCUUGAAAACAUAUACUUAAAUUAUUAAAACGUUAAAACUACAGGGGCUAUUCAUGAAUUUUGUAAACAUUCAAUGCUAGAAACUACAGCGUUGUAAGCACACGUUAAUCAGAUAAGAAAUAUCAUUUCAUAUUUUCUCAUCUUUUCAUAUCUAUUUAAAUGUAGGCCUAUAUACUUU